AUGUCGGAGUUCAAGAACGUCACCCCCAUCAAGGGCGAAUAUGAGCUGAUUGAUAUCGAUCCUCACUUCACCCGUGUCGUCAAAUACUUCAGAGCCUCUGAUUACCUCCGAUGGGCUCUUUUCACAGCAUCCGCACCACUUUUCCUUGUUUGGAGUGAACACAUUCAAUCCGAGGGCAAGAGCCGAAAAGUCUCGCCCCGCACCUUCCGCAUUGCCACGUUCAUUGGUCUUGCUUCCGGCUUUAUCUUUUCUUACAACCGCUCCGUCCAGCGAUUCCAGGGCAUCGUUGAGAACGCCCCCGAGGUGACCAAGGACCGUUACGAAAUCAAGUCCCGUCUCUCCAAGGGCCUCAAGCCUUACGGCGACUCGGACCUUGCUCCUUGGUUACAACGUGUUGCUGCCAGAAACUCGACAUAUUCUUCCACCUUCACACACGUUUUCCCCUGGUUCAACUUGGUUAACCACGAAUAUCACGGAGUCGAUCUCAAGAAGUACUACGAAGUUAGAGAGGGCGAAGAGAAGUGGGGCUUUGAUUUGAAGCUUCCUACUGACGAAGAGUAA